CAUUGAACUUGAAUUAACAAUUAGUUGGUAAAAUCUAUAUAAUUUAAAUAUCUAAUUGUUGGUUAAGAGAAAAGAGAAACUUUUUCAUUUUAAUUUCUUGUGAUUAAGUUAAUUAAAGAUUAACUUGAGAGGAUAAUCCAACUCUUAGCAAUUAGAUUUUAUUAUUUUUCCUUUUUUUUCUCAUAAUCAUAAUCAGUUGAUUACUUGUCACUCAAUCGUUAAUGUUUCUAAUUGUUGGACCGAUAGAAACCAUUAGUUUACAAUUAAAUCAUUUCCAAUUUUCAUCUUGUCAAUGUAAUAACGAUUAAUCAGUUAACUGGGAUUUUCUCAGGUAAAUUAAUCCUCAUUAAAAGUUAAUCCCAAAGUUGAUUGUGAUAAUUUAGUGAUUUCAUUGUGAUAACAAGUCGUACACACUUGAUGAUUAAUGGAAAGUGCUAUAAUUAAUUAGUGAUGUUUGAUGAGGCCGAUUAACUUUACCAUCUUAUUGAAAAAAAAACAUCAACAUCAAAAAUUGAUCACAAUUAAAGUGAAAAUAAUCAAUUAACUGUCAAUAUUAAUGGUCGUUCAUUGGUCAAUCACUUUCACCAUUUUUGAAUCGAUUCAAAUUGAUUUGAUUACCUCCUGAAAAUAGACCAACAAUUUAAAUAAACAUUUGAUUAGAUUUUCAAUCAGGUACGAAAUAAUUGCUAAAUUGUCUCAAAUUAACAGCCAUGAUCAGAAAAGAGUAACAAUUUACUUAUUAUUUCUUGUAUAAAUACUGACCAUUAAGUUUGAUCAUCUUUUAGUUUUGAUUAACUUUGAUUCUUACACUUAAUCAUUCAUAAUGGUUAGAUUAUCUUGGAUUGGUUUUAUUUCCUCUUUAAUUGUGAUUAGUGUUCUGAUCAACGGGAUACAUGGAGACAAUUUAAACACCAACAGCAACAGUGAUGAUUUAUCAUCAACAAUCGAGUCUAAAUCAUCAGAUAAUCAGGAAGAUGUCAGAUUUUCACAAUUGGAAGAUAUUUCUAAACAUCGACAAUUACACCCGAGUGAAAUUUUCAACGUCUAUUUGGUACAAAAGGCCGAUGGACGAAGAGAAUUGUGUUUCCCGUUAAAUUUUACCGAUUCUUUUGCCUCUCUUGCCGAUAAAUAUUUACUCGAGAACAAUUUAUCGCCCGAGGCCAAACCAUCGCCCGUUCCAACACCUUCAUCUUUAUCACCAAUUCCAACGGAAACAAUUGAAAUCACCUCGAGAAAGAGACGAUCAAUUACCUGGGCAUUCAGGAGACUUCUCAUAUUAAAACGUAAAGUAAUCAAUACACUUCUAUUCCUCUUAUAGUUAACCAAUUUUCAACAAUUAAACUGUAAACUAAAUUGUUACAAAAUCGUAUUAAAAACCAAACACAAAAACCCAAACAGACAAUAGUCAAUUCAAAGUUUCAAUCGCUUAUAAAAUCCAAACACGAACGCAAUUAAUGAUAACAUUAAUUAUUGAGAAAUUUUCACAAACCAAUUGUACAAUAAUCUUCAAUUUAAUUGCUAGUUAAACAAAAA